AAGGCCCUUCCCCGCUGCUUCUCGACUCCACAUCGCCGCUGAUUGCAUGGACAAGACCUCCGUGCCCUACAUCGUCGACCCACGUCUUGGGACGUUCUGCGAUGCGGACGAGCUCGCUUUGUCCGAUACGAAGGGGCCCGACGUGAGGAUACAUUGCUUGACGAGAGGACAGGCUAUUGGAGUCUCUCUCUCUGCGGAGUCCGGCUUCAUAUCUUUUAUCGCCCUCCUCGUACUUGCCUUCCUCGUCGUCCGUAACAGACUUCGUGGGCGCAGGAUUGUCAAAGCCCCGUUGGACGUACACAUGUUGCACCUCUUCCUCGCCGAGCUAUUUCAGUCUGUUGGCAUCAUGAUGGAUACACACUGGGUUGUGAAGGGGAAAGUUGAAGCUGGGAUGUUUUGUAAUGCUCAAGGUGCGAUCAGGCAGAUAGGGGAAGCUGGCGUCGCGAUGAUCCUACUUAUAAUCGCAAUCCAUACGUUCAUCGUCGUAUGGUUUCGCCCCAGACUAUCUAAUAACCUACGUGGCGCGUGGAUCGCAAUGUUAGUAGUAUGGCUCUAUCUCGUUCUCUUCGUUGCUAUCUCCAUCAGCAUCCACUCAGGCGAUGAGAGGCCCUUUGAGAGUCCCGCACCUUUCUGGUGUUGGAUCGGUUCCUCGUACACCGCCGAACGCAUACUUGGCCAGUACCUGUGGUUCUGGACUACUGUAUUGGUCUCGCUCGUGUUGUACUUGUUGCUCUUCCUCCUCGCGCGAGGCAACGUGAACACGGACCCGGAACGCUGGUGGAGGUUCAGCUUCCAGCGACGCACUCAUUGCGUUAGUCAGGGGAAGGACGGUAGCGAGACGGUGAAUAGAGCAGCUUACCCUGUGGUGUAUUCCCUCACCGUUUUGCCACUUUCUAUCGCUCGAUGGACGACAUUUGUGAAUGGUCCCGUGCCCUCAGCCGCGACGUUCUCUACCGUCGUCAUUCUCGGCCUUUCCGGUUUGUUCAACGUCCUCCUACUUCUGUAUGCUCGCCCAAACCUCCUCGGAUUCAAUACGCUGGAUAGCUAUGCGUCCCGCGCGCGGAGAAGCGAUGAGGAGGCGAGCCAUGUGACGGGCGGCGCACCCAGUGUCGUCGAGUCCGAUGCCACGUCGAUUGAAGCGCGCGUGUACGAGGAGGAUCACCUUGCGUCGUGCGAUGCUUCUUUCCGAGCUGCGAAUAGGUCAUCUGCUGAUCCUGAGCCAUGA